CGGGCUCCGCCGCUCCCGUCACGUGGUGCCGCCGUUAGCUCGCGGUGCGGUCUCGUGCGCUCUCUCGCCGUUUCCCGCCGCAAACUCGCGCUGCUGUGCAAGUGGCGAGUCGCGUGCGCACGCGAUGCGCUCGGCGCGCGAUCCGUCCCUUCUCUGACUUGUCCAAGUGUCGUGUUUUCCGCUGAAGGAGGACUAGUGAAGAAUGCAGCUUCUCACCUGCACAACUUUUUUGGGAUUUCUCCUUGGAACAGUGGACACGAUCAACAUGUUCCAUCGCUCGCUGAAUGUGGAAAGCAGGGAAAACAUCUGUCACGGAGGAGAGCAUCGAGCCGGAGGAAGCAGGCACUGUCAUGGCAUUGCCCUGCAGAUCCAGUGCUACCAGUGUGAGGAGGUGAAGCACAAUGACUGCUCCUCGCCCGAGUUCAUCGUCAACUGCACGGUCAACGUGCAGGACAUGUGCCAGAAGGAGGUGCUCGUGAAGGAGGAUGGGAUUCACUACCGCAAGUCGUGCGCCUCGUCGGGGGCCUGCCUCAUCGCUUCCUCGGGCUACCAGCAGUUCUGCACCGGGAAGCUGCAUUCAGUUUGCAUCAGCUGCUGCAACACACCGCUCUGCAAUGGGCCGCGGCAGAAGAAGCGUCCGGUCCCAUCGACGGCCCCCGCAGCCGGCCGUGUGUCUCCUUCCGGCUCUUCGAACGCCUCCUUUUUUUACUCCUCCUUCUCUUGCUAA